UUAGCAUGUACAUUUGACUUGGUUUAUUUCCCAUAAAAUUCAGAUUUGUUGCCCUAAAAACAAAACAAAGUUUCGCAUUAGAUUUGGAAUUACAACAAAUCCAACAAAAAGCUUUUUGAUUUCAAAAAAUCUUGAAAACAUGAUAGGUAAUUAAUUGAUCAUAUGAUUGUUGAAAUUCUGAAGGAAAGCAUGGGACAUCAAAAGAGAGGAGGGAAUAGGAUAUUCAAUUUGAGCCCAAGAGUUGUGAAAAUGGCAACAGGAAUUCUUGGAAUGUGUGUAAUUGGUUACAUUGUGGGUCCCCCACUCUAUUGGCAUGGUCUUGCUGCUUUUACUCACUCUUCUUCUUCUUCUUCUUCUUCUUGCCCUCCUUGCCUUUGUGAUUGCUCUUCCUCUUACCCUUUUCUCUCCCUCCCUCAAGGACUGAACCAAUCAUUUACAGAUUGUAUGAAGCAUGAUCCAGAUGUUAGUGAAGAGAUGGAGAAGCACUUUGCAGAACUUGUUGCAGAUGAGCUGAAACAAAAAGAGGCGGACGCCUUAGAAAACCAGAGAAGAUCUGAAAUGGGAUUGUUAGAAGCUAAGAAGAUCGCUUCUCAGUAUCAAAAGGAAGCUGAUAAAUGCAACUCCGGCAUGGAAACUUGUGAGGAAGCUAGAGAAAGAUCCGAACAAGCUUUAGAAGCGCAGAGAAGGAUAACCGUUAUGUGGGAGCAAAGGGCGCGCCAGAAAGGAUGGAAUCAAACUGUUGCAAUUAGAAGAAGAGCGAGCCAAAAGAAAUGAUCAGGGCACAAUUUUGAAAGAUCUGACGAGUUUGGUUCAAUCAAGACGAGGAUCAUUUUCGUGUAAAAUCCUGAUCAUGACACUAAGUUUAGGUUGGUGAGCGUGCAUUUUAGAACAUCAUCUUCGUUGAAAUGCAGGGCACAAUUUUGAUAUUUUUAAGGGAAAAACCAAUUCAUGUAUUCAUCAAUUACACAGAGUUUUUAUUUAGUACACAUAUUCAGUUAGCUAAUUAAGUUUUAUUCAUUAAAUUCAAACAACAGAAGAAGAAGAAGAAGAAAUCUGAAUGAAUGAGCUGUUUAAGCAGAAA